AUGACUCGGAUUCGGUACGGACGGAUUGUGGACAGCGGUGUAAGAGCCUUGAAUCCUCCACUAUUGAGUGCAGAGGAAUCGGCCGGCCAGACGUCAAAUGACCUUAGCCAGUUCACACUCAGUGUAACUAUGCGAAUUGAAGGAAGGGCUCAGUUUCUGACAGAAAUGCACGAGAUACCGAAAGGUCUGGUCUUUGCCCUGUACUAUCCGGUCCUGGCAGUUAUCGGGGUUCCAGCUAACUUGGCAGUGAUUGUCAUUCUGUGUCGAAGGAGAUGUGGUCUCUCUAAAUGUAUCACUUCCUACCUAGUGUCAAUGGCAGUGACAGAUCUUCUGGUCGUGGUUACAGCUGUCAUAUUUAACCGGAUUGUUGGGAUUUAUUUUCCGUCCAGUUUCCUGUCUAUCACACCAAUAUGCAGUUUUCGUGCUUCCUUCAACUUUGCAGCCAUUGACAGCUCUGCCUGGUUAACAGUUGCUUUCACUUUUGAUCGAUUUGUGGCCAUUGUUUGCCAGGAGCUGAAAAUAAAAUAUUGCACUGAGAAGGUGGCAGUACUUGUUAUAUUAAUUGUGUGUGCACUGUGUUCCAUAAAAAACGUUUUCAUAUAUUUUAAAUUUGAACCUAUGUAUUUAACAAACAAUAUACCUUGGCUUUGCAGCAUAAAAGAUACAUAUUAUACAUCACCUGCAUGGACCGCUUAUGACUGGAUUCGCUCCGUUUUGACUCCUUGUCUCCCAUUUAUCCUGAUUUUACUGCUCAAUGCUCUGACGGUCAGACACAUUCUAGCAGCAAAUAGGGCCCGCAGUAGAAUCCGGAACCAGAGCAAUGUGGUGAAUCAGAGUGAUCCAGAGGUUGAGAAACGGAAAAAAUCUAUUGUUUUACUCUUUGCCAUCUCAGGUAGUUUCAUUCUUUCAUAUCUGCUAUUUUUUGUAAAUAUUCUCUACGUUCGAAUUGCGAGUGUUACUUAUUCCACGGGUUCUGAUUUUGGCAAUUUCACUUUUGUUCUGCAACAAAGCGGAUAUAUGCUUCAGUUACUGAGUUCCUGCAUCAAUCCGUUUAUUUAUGCCGGGACUCAAAGCAAAAUCAGAGAUGAGUUAAAGAAGGGGAUGAAAUAUCCGCUCCAUAUAUUUGUUAAAAUAUUUAGAGUUUAA